AAUUGCGCUUCAUCACCUACAUCGGUGGACCAUAACGAUUUGACGCAGACGGAGGAACUGGACCGUAUUGCGGACGAGGAGGUGCAGGGAAUGUUACGUCGAAGUGAGCAGAUUCGCCGGCGAUUGCUCGAAGAACGAAAUAUGCAGGCAUCAAAAGAAAUUGAUGAAAGCAUAGCGAUGUUGCUAGAAUACGCCGAUGACUUGGAUAUGCUGCCGAAUCGAGAAUCACAUUAUCCAAUAAGCAAUGGAGCGCCUUUGAAGGUUUUUGUGACUUAUUAA